AUGUCCGCCGAACGCACGGGCCACCGGGAGAGUCUGAAGAUCCGAUUCAGGAUGCCGCCUCCCCCAGAUCUCGACAUAGCUCCUACCCCGACUCCAUCGCCUGCAGCCAGGGACCCGCAGCCCCCGACACCUACUGAAACAAGCCCGUUCGUCCCAGGGUACGUUCCUGGUGAAUUCUCACUCUUCUGGGCCCAUACACCCCAGGACACCGACCUCAUCCGCGCAGGCUAUAAAGCCGCUUGGGAUCCAAACACCACUCCCGCCAAAUCCACUCCCAACCCAUCUUCUUCGAAAAGGAAGAGAAAAUCCGUUCAUUUCGACAUGGCGGAGCCUCGUGCCCGUGCCGCCCGGCACAAGGGCCAGAUGAACUUUUCGUCUGAGCUCCGACUUCUCCUCCUCGCCUACGGCGACCCGAGUCCACACCCGUCAUUCUCAUCAGAGCCUCUCCCGGAAACCGUGCGCGUGCUAGAUGAGAUUGUGACUGAUUUCAUCCUGGAACUCUGCCACGGUGCCGCGCAGGUCGCGCACCACGCCCGCCGACAGAAGAUUAAGGUUGACGAUUUUCGAUUCGCGCUGCGCCGAGACCCGAACAAGCUUGGCCGUGUGCAAGAGUUGCUGCGCAUGGAGCGCGAACUAAAGGAGGCGCGUAAGGCCUUUGAUCAGAAUGAUGACCAGGUUGCCAAGGACGCUGGAAAGAAGGGCCCCGCUCCUGCGAAUGAUGCCGAUGCUGCAACUGAAGUUUUGCCGGCCCCGUCGAAGAAGGGGAAGGGCAAGGGCAAGAGAGCUGCGACCAGACGAGGGUCAGAUGCUACUGAAGAGUCUGUCUCAAAGAAGAGGAAGACUUGA